CUGAGCGCGUCUGCCCCGCGGCCGGCCUCCCCGACGGCUGCGCGCCUGCGCACCAGGACCGAGCGCGCGAGCGUUCCUGCCCCGCCCGGCGUUCCUCCCUCCCCCGCGCGCCUGCGCUCAGUCUGAGAGGAACUCCGAGCCUCCGCGGGCGGGCAGGCGGACGGACGCGCCCGCGGCGAGGGGAGGCGGCGAGAGGCGGGCCGCGCGCGCGCCGGUGGGAAGCGUCCGGCUGCCACAGCGCCAGCUCCGUCGUAGUCGCUGCCGCCCGGGUCCCGCUCGCCCCUCCUCCCGGCUCCCCCCUCCCGUCGCCGCCGCCGCCCGGGCGCAUGCGCCGCCGGAGCGCGAGGGUCGGCAUCGGGUGUGUGGUGGCGGCAGAGCGGAGCUGCGGGGCCCGAGAGUCAGAACCUGGGGGAGAGGGAUGGUCUCUGCACGGGGGGGAGCCGGAGGAGCCGCCGCCGCUGCCGACGCCACCGCCGCAGCCGCCGCCGCCGCCGCGCCCGCCUCCCGGCGCUGACGGUCUCGUACGAGGCCGGCGAGGGAGAACCCGCAGCAGCGGUCGCCGGCACACCGCCCAGCAUGGUCCGGGAAACCAGGCACCUCUGGGUGGGCAACUUACCGGAGAAUGUACGGGAAGAGAAGAUCAUCGAGCAUUUCAAACGAUAUGGCCGUGUGGAAAGUGUCAAAAUUCUCCCCAAGAGGGGAUCUGAAGGAGGAGUGGCUGCCUUUGUGGAUUUUGUGGACAUCAAAAGUGCACAGAAAGCUCACAACUCAGUCAACAAAAUGGGAGAUAGAGACCUACGCACGGAUUAUAAUGAACCAGGCACCAUUCCAAGUGCUGCUCGGGGAUUGGAUGAUACAGUUUCCAUAGCAUCUCGUAGUAGAGAGGUUUCUGGGUUCAGAGGAGGUGGUGGAGGGCCUGCUUAUGGCCCCCCACCAUCACUUCAUGCACGAGAAGGACGUUAUGAGCGGAGACUUGAUGGGACUUCAGAUAACAGGGAGCGUGCUUAUGAACAUAGUGCCUAUGGACACCAUGAACGGGGGACAGGCGGCUUUGAUCGGACAAGACAUUACGAUCAGGAUUACUAUAGAGAUCCUCGAGAGCGGACUUUACAACAUGGGCUCUAUUAUACUUCUCGAAGUCGAAGUCCAACCCGUUUUGAUGCUCAUGAUCCCCGAUAUGAACCUAGGGCUCGGGAACCGUUUACACUGCCCAGUGUGGUACACAGGGAUAUCUACAGGGAUGAUAUUACCCGGGAGGUACGAGGCAGAAGGCCAGAGCGGAAUUACCAGCACAGCAGAAGUCGGUCACCGCAUUCAUCCCAAUCUAGAAAUCAGUCUCCUCAGAGACUGGCUAGCCAAGCGUCUAGACCCACAAGGUCCCCUAGCGGCAGCGGCUCUAGGAGUAGAUCCUCCAGUAGUGAUUCAAUCAGCAGCAGCAGUAGUACCAGCAGUGACAGCAGCGAUUCCAGCAGUAGUUCAAGUGAUGACUCCCCUGCCCGGUCAGUUCAGUCUGCAGCAGUUCCGGCACCCACUUCCCAGUUGCUUUCAUCUCUGGAAAAAGAUGAGCCACGUAAAAGUUUUGGGAUCAAGGUUCAGAAUCUUCCAGUACGCUCUACAGAUACAAGCCUUAAAGAUGGACUUUUCCAUGAAUUUAAGAAAUUUGGAAAGGUAACAUCAGUGCAAAUACAUGGAACUUCGGAAGAGAGGUAUGGUCUGGUAUUCUUUCGACAGCAAGAGGACCAAGAAAAAGCAUUGACUGCAUCAAAAGGAAAACUUUUCUUUGGCAUGCAGAUUGAAGUAACAGCAUGGAUAGGGCCAGAAACAGAAAGUGAAAAUGAAUUUCGCCCUUUGGAUGAAAGGAUAGAUGAAUUUCACCCCAAAGCAACAAGAACGCUCUUUAUUGGCAACCUUGAAAAAACCACUACUUAUCAUGACCUUCGCAAUAUCUUCCAGCGCUUUGGGGAAAUUGUGGAUAUUGAUAUUAAGAAAGUAAAUGGAGUUCCUCAGUAUGCAUUCUUGCAAUACUGUGAUAUUGCCAGCGUUUGUAAGGCUAUUAAGAAGAUGGAUGGGGAAUACCUGGGAAAUAAUCGCCUCAAGCUGGGUUUUGGAAAGAGCAUGCCUACAAACUGUGUGUGGUUAGAUGGACUUUCUUCAAAUGUGUCAGAUCAGUAUUUAACGCGACAUUUCUGUCGAUACGGGCCAGUGGUAAAGGUGGUGUUUGACCGCUUAAAAGGCAUGGCCCUGGUUCUCUACAAUGAAAUUGAAUAUGCACAAGCAGCUGUAAAAGAGACCAAGGGGAGGAAACUCGGUGGGAAUAAAAUUAAGGUGGAUUUUGCAAAUCGGGAAAGUCAGCUGGCUUUUUAUCACUGCAUGGAGAAAUCUGGUCAGGAUAUCAGAGAUUUUUAUGAAAUGUUAGCAGAAAGAAGAGAGGAACGAAGGGGAUCGUAUGACUAUAACCAAGACCGUACCUAUUAUGAAAAUGUUCGUACUCCAGGCACAUAUCCGGAGGAUUCCAGACGAGACUAUCCAGCUCGAGGGAGAGAAUUUUAUUCAGAAUGGGAAACUUACCAAGGAGAUUACUAUGAAUCACGAUAUUAUGAAGAUCCUCGGGAAUACAGAGAUUACAGGAAUGAUCCUUAUGAACAAGAUAUCCGGGAAUACAGUUACAGGCAAAGAGAACGAGAGAGAGAACGAGAAAGAUUUGAGCCUGACCGGGACAGAGAUCAUGAGAGGAGGCCAAUUGAACGAAGUCAGAGUCCAGUUCACUUGCGGCGUCCACCGAGUCCUGGAACAUCCCCCUCACAGUCAGAGAGAUUACCAAGUGAUUCCGAGAGGAGGGUUUAUAGCCGAUCCUCAGACCGCAGUGGAAGCUGUAGCUCACUUUCCCCACCAAGAUAUGAUAAGCUUGACAAAUCUCGCCUGGAUCGCUAUACAAAAAACGAAAAGACAGAAAAAGACCGAACUUUUGAUCCUGAGAGAGGGGAGAGAGAGAGACGCUUAAUAAGGAAGGAAAAAGUGGAAAAGGACAAAAUUGACAAGCAGAAACGAAAAGGAAAAGUUCAUUCUCCUAGUUCUCAGUCUUCAGAAACAGACCAAGAAAAUGAGAGAGAACAGAGCCCUGAAAAAUUAAGGAGUUCUAAUAAACUGAGCAGAGAGAAAGCUGACAAAGAGGGACUUGCAAAAAACCGCCUAGAUCUCAUGCCUUGUGUGGUUUUGACUCGAGUGAAAGAAAAAGAGGGAAAAGUGAUUGAACAUGCGGCUUUGGAAAAGCCAAAAGUUAAACUUGAUAAUGACACUGUAAAAUCUCCUGUAGAUCAGAAACUUCAGGCCUCUCAAACUGAGCCUGCAAAGCCUGACCUGUCUAAACUGGAAUCUGUUAGAACAAAAGUGGCAAAGGAAAAGGGACUUUCAAGUCACAUUGAAGUAGUAGAUAAGGAAAGCAGGCUUAAGCCCAGGAAACACCUAAAACCAGACCCGACCAUUGAUGGGAUAAAUACUGUGGAUCUGGAGAAGCUGGAAGCUAGGAAAAGGCGGUUUGCAGAUCCAAAUUUGAAAGCAGAAAGGCAGAAAUCAGAAGUCAAGAAAAGCAGUCCAGAGAUGGAGGAUGCUCGGGUGUUUUUAAAAAAGCAGCCUGAUAUAUCAUCUAGAGAAGCCAUUCUGCCGAGGGAAGGAGAGAUAGAAAGAAAGCCUGCAAGGAAAGAAGUUCUUAAAAGAGAAUCCAAAAAAAUCAAACUGGAUAGACUUAAUCCUACUGUUCCCAGCUCCAAAGACUGUCAGGAGCUAGCCAGUAUUUCUCUUGGGGCUGGCUUAAGGCCGAACACAGACCUCCAAGCAAGGCUAGGAGAAACAGUAGGUCAAUCUGUGGAAAAUCAAGAAAUCCAAUCAAAAAAACCCACUCCCUCAAAACCACAGCUGAAACAGCUGCAACUACUAGAUGAUCAAGGACCAGAGAGUGAGGAUAUUAGGAAAAACUAUUGCAACCUUCGUGAUGAAACACCUGAAUAUAAAUCAGGCCAAGAGAAAUCAUAUUCAGUAAACACUGAAGAAAAAAUUGGCAUUGAUAUUGAUCACACGCAGAGUUACCGAAAACAAAUGGAACAGAGUCGUAGAAAGCAGCAGAUGGAGAUGGAAAUAGCCAAGUCCGAGAAGUUUGGCAGUCCUAAGAAAGAUGUAGAUGAAUAUGAAAGGCGUAGCCUUGUUCAUGAGGUGGGCAAACCCCCUCAGGAUGUCACUGAUGACUCUCCUCCCAGCAAAAAGAAAAGGAUGGACCACCUUGAUUUUGAUAUCAGCACCAAGAGAGAGAGGAAUUACAGAAGUUCACGCCAAAUCAGUGAAGAUUCUGAAAGGACUGGGUGUUCUCCCAGCAUCCGACAUGGUUCCUUCCAUGAAGAUGAUGACCCCAUUGGUUCCCCUAAGCUAAUGUCAGUAAAAGGGUCUCCUAAAGGAGAUGAUAAAGGUCUCCCCUAUUCUAAUGUAUCAGUCAGGGAAGAGUCCUUAAAAUUUAAUCCUUAUGAUUCUAGCAGGAGAGAACAGAUGGCCGACAUGGCCAAAAUAAAGCUCUCUGUCUUGAAUUCUGAAGGUGAACUAAAUCGUUGGGACCCUCAAAUGAAACAGGAUGCCAGCAGAUUUGAUGUGAGUUUCCCAAACAGCAUAAUUAAGAGAGACAGUCUUCGAAAGAGGUCUGUACGAGACUUGGAACCUGGUGAGGUUCCUUCUGAUUCUGAUGAAGAUGGUGAACACAAAUCACAUUCACCCAGAGCCUCUGUAUUGUAUGAAAGUUCCCGAUUGUCUUUUUUAUUGAGGGACCGAGAAGACAAAUUACGUGAACGAGAUGAAAGACUCUCUGGUUCUUUAGAAAGGAACAAAUUUUAUUCUUUUGCAUUGGAUAAGACAAUCACACCAGACACUAAGGCUUUGCUUGAAAGAGCUAAAUCCCUGUCUUCAUCUCGAGAGGAAAAUUGGUCUUUUCUCGAUUGGGACUCCCGAUUUGCUAAUUUUCGAAACAACAAAGAUAAAGAAAAGGUUGACUCUGCUCCAAGACCUAUUCCAUCCUGGUACUUAAAAAAGAAGAAAAUUAGGACUGAUUCAGAAGGAAAAAUGGAUGAUAAAAAAGAUGAUAAUAAAGAAGAAGAACAGGAGAGGCAAGAAUUAUUUGCCUCUCGUUUUUUACACAGCUCUAUCUUUGAACAAGAUUCCAAGCGAUUGCAACAUCUAGAGAGGAAAGAUGAAGACUCUGACUUCAUUUCUGGUAGGUUAUAUGGGAGACAGAUAUCUGAUGGUGUAAACAGCACAGCUGAUUCAGUUCAAGAGCCAGUAGUUCUAUUCCACAGCAGAUUUAUGGAGCUAACACGGAUGCAACAGAAAGAAAAAGAAAAAGACCAAAAACCCAAAGAGGCUGAGAAACGGGAAGAUACAGAGAAUCAACCCAAGACCCCAGAAUCUGCUUCUGAGAAUAAGGGGUCAGAACUGAAAACUUCUUCAGUUGGGCCCCCCAGUGUCACAGUUGUAACUCCAGAAUCAGCACCAUCAUCACUAGAGAAGACAGUUAAUGAAAAAACAGUAGAGGUGUCUCCAGUAACAGAAGAGAGGGCUGUGGAGCCCACAUUGGUCUCAGCAGAAGCAAAACCUGUGUCUGAACUGGCUUCUCUGCCUGUGGAACAACCUGAACAAGUAGACUUGCCCCUAGGAGUAGACACCAAUAAAGAUGCUGCUGCAACUCCUUUAGUUGUUGAAGAGAGCUCACCUGUUGACGUCCUGCCUUCUGUGGAUGCCAAGCCUCCAACACCUGGGGCCUCAUUUCCUCAGGUAGAGAUCAGUGCAGAUCCAGAACCCAACAGUAUCCUGCCACCUUCAAAAGCAACUCAGAAGUCCGAGGAAACUAAUGAGCCCAAAGCAGAAAAGCCAGACUCAGCUGCUAAUGUUGAGCCUGAUGCAAAUCAGAAGGCUGAAGUAGUUCCUGAGGUUCAACCUCAAGCUUCUGAAGACUUAGAUGUUGAUCCUCCAGUUGCUGUAAAAGAUAAAAAAACAAACAAAAGUAAACGUUCCAAGACCCCAGUUCAGGCAGCUGCAGCAACUAUUGUGGAGAAACCUGUCACAAGGAAGAGUGAGAGAAUAGACCGGGAAAAACUGAAGCGGUCUAAUUCUCCUCGGGGAGAAGCACAGAAACUUUUAGAAUUGAAGAUGGAGGCAGAGAAAAUUACAAGGGCUGCUUCUAAAACCUCUGCUGGGGACCUUGAACACCCUGAACCAAGUUUGCCCCUCAGCCGAACAAGGCGCCGAAACGUAAGGAGUGUUUAUGCAACCAUGAGUGACCACGAAAACCGCUCUCCAGUAAAAGAGCCCAUAGAGCAGCCCAGACUGACCAGGAAGAGAUUGGAGCGAGAGCUUCAGGAAGCUGCGGCAAUUCCUACUACCCCUAGGAGGGGAAGGCCUCCAAAAACACGCCGUCGAGCUGAUGAAGAUGAUGAGACUGAGGCCAAAGAACCAGUUGAAACACUCAAGGCAGCUGAGGGAUGGCGAUCCCCUCGAUCUCAGAAGUCAGCAGCUACUAGUGGUCCCCAAGGGAAAAAGGGAAGAAAUGAAGCAAAAGUUGAUGCUGUGGCUGAACGUCCUGAGGCUACCACUGAGACGGGUUCCCAAAUAAACUUGAAAGAAGGUAACACAAAAUCCAAACCUGAUAAAGAAGGAGGAGGAAGUGAGCAGAAACGUGAUAGAAAAGAACUCAGUGCAGACAGAAAUCCACCUGAAACUCCCCCUGUUGAAGUGGUGGAGAGAAAAACAGCCCCUGAAAAAAACUCCAAAUCAAAGAGAGGAAGAUCUCGGAGCUCUAGGUCAGCAGUGGACAAGUCGGCAAACCUGAAAACUGUGGAUGGUAAUGUCAUUGCGGCUGCAGGGCCAGCAGUGGAGAGGGAAGCUGGGGUUGUGGCGGUCUCCCCUGAGAAAAGCGAGAGUUCCCAAAAAGAGAGUCAUUUAUCAUCCCAGGGGAAAAGUGAUGCACUUGAUCCUGUUGAUCCAGAAAAGGAACCAGAGAAGGAAGACGUGUCUGACUCUAAGCCGUCCCCAGAAGCAACUCAGUUAGCCAAGCAGAUGGAGCUGGAGCAGGCCGUGGAGAACAUUGCAAAGCUCACGGAAACCUCAGCCUCCUCGGCUUAUAAGGCAGCAACCACGGAGGCACGAGAGGGCCUCUCCACAGAGGACCGGCAGAAGCCUGCACAUCAGGCAAGUGAAACAGAACUUGCUGCGGCCAUUGGCUCCAUCAUUAAUGACAUUUCUGCAGAGCCAGAAAACUUCACGGCACCUCCAACCUACCCAGAAGAAUCUCAAACAGAUCUACAGGCCCAUUCUCAAGUGUUGCAGCCUCCUGAAGAAGGAAUGGAGCCGGAGACUGAUGAGGCCUUGUCUGGCAUCUUGCAGACGGAGACUGCUACAGAAUCUUCCAGGCCACCAGCCAGUGCCUCUGGUCCCUCAGCAGGCCCAGCAGACCCCAAGGAGGUCAAAGGGAACAGUAGUGAAUCCUCCCAUUCAGUGCAGGAAACCAAAGGGUCAAAAGAAGCAGAAGUUGUUCGGAAGGACAAGGGGCGCCAGAAAACAACUCGAUCACGCCGCAAACGGAAUUCAAACAAGAAAACGGGGGGUGCUGCAGAGUCCCAUGCCUCUGAACCUGACCAAGCUCAAAGUAAGAGUCCUGCUGCAAAUGAGGGAACAGCAGAACAACCCCCAGAAACUCCACAAGAAGAAAAGCCGAGUGCAGAGCCCCACUCCACUCCUCCUGAGUCCUGCACUUCUGACCCAGGCAGGCCUCUAUCGGUCGAGAAUUUGUCCCAAGAAAGCAGUGUUGAAGAAAAGACUCCAACCAAAGUGUCAGUGCUUCCAGACCCUCCCCCUACUUCACAACCAGUCCCAGUAGAUGAUGACCAUCAAGCCAGAUUCAAGGUGCAUUCAAUUAUUGAAAGUGAUCCAGUAACCCCACCCAGUGAUUCAAGCAUACCCACACCCACAAUUCCUUCUGUAGCUGCAACAAAACACCCAACUCCUGUUGCCUCUGGGGGGAUCCCACAACAGAGUCCUACAAAAGUGACAGAGUGGAUAACAAGGCAGGAGGAGCCACGGGCUCAGUCCACCCCAUCUCCAGCUCUCCCACCAGACACAAAAGCCUCCGAUAUUGACACCAGCUCCAGUACACUGAGGAAGAUCCUCAUGGACCCCAAAUACGUGUCUGCUACUGGCAUUGCUUCCACGAGUGUCACUACUGCCAUUGCAGAGCCUGUCAGUGCUGCCCCUUUCCUGCAUGAGGCACCACCCCCUCCAGUUGAAUCUAAAAAGCCUCUUCUGGAAGAAAAACAAGCAGCUCCACUUACAAACACCUCUGACACACAGGCUUUAGAGGCUCCAGUGGCCACUGACAAAGAAAAGGUAGCUCCAGUUAUUGCUCCCAAAAUUACUUCUGUUAUUAGUCGGAUGCCCGUCAGCAUUGAUUUGGAGAACUCGCAGAAGAUAACUCUGGCGAAACCAGCUCCUCAGACCCUGACUGGCCUGGUGAGUGCCCUGACUGGCCUGGUGAAUGUCUCCCUGGUUCCAGUCAACGCCCUGGCAGGCCCAGUGAGUGCCCUAAAGGGGCCCGUGAAGGGCUCGGUGACGACGCUGAAAGGUCUGGUGAACACUCCUGCCGGCCCCGUGAACGUCCUAAAGGGGCCAGUGAAUGUGCUCACGGGGCCAGUGAAUGUGCUCACCACUCCGGUGAACGCCGCUGUGGGCACCGUUAACACCGCCACUGGCACAGUCAGCGCCACCACGGGCACGGUCAACGCUGCCACAGGCGCAGUCAAUGCCGCCUCAGGUUCAGUGACGGUCCCAGCAGGCACAGUAACUGCUGCAUCAGGCGGCGUGACUGCCACGGCAGGGGCAGUGAUUGCCCCAUUGGCCAAAGGCAAGCAGAGGUCAGGUACAAAUGAAAACAGCCGGUUCCACCCAGGAUCUAUGUCUGUGAUUGAUGAUCGCUCGGCAGACACGGGUUCUGGUGCAGGACUGCGUGUGAACACGUCCGAAGGGGUUGUGCUCCUGAGCUAUUCGGGGCAGAAGACUGAAGGCCCACAGCGCAUUAGCGCCAAGAUCAGUCAGAUUCCCCCAGCCAGUGCCAUGGACAUUGAGUUUCAACAGUCAGUGUCCAAAUCCCAGGUCAAACCUGACUCGGUCAUGCCUUCUCAGCCUCCGCCCAAGGGGCCUCAGGCCCCUUCAGGCUACACAAAUGUGGCAACGCAUUCUACUCUGGUACUGACGGCCCAGACCUACAAUGCAUCUCCUGUGAUUUCAUCUGUUAAGGCCGACCGCCCAUCCUUGGAGAAGCCUGAGCCCAUUCACCUCUCAGUGUCCACCCCGGUCACUCAGGGUGGCACAGUGAAGGUUCUCACCCAGGGCAUAAACACACCCCCAGUGCUGGUUCACAACCAGCUAGUCCUCACCCCAAGCAUAGUCACCACUAAUAAAAAGCUUGCUGACCCCGUCACUCUCAAAAUAGAGACAAAGGUCCUUCAGCCAGCUAACCUGGGCUCAGCCCUCACUCCUCAUCACCCUCCUACUCUGCCCAGCAAACUGCCUGCAGAAGUGAACCAUGUAAACUCGGGGCCCAGUACCCCAGCAGAUCGAACUGUCUCCCACUUGGCCGUCACAAAGCCAGAUGCACAUUCUCCUCGACAGAGUGGGUCUACUCCAUCCCCGUUCCCGAGGGCGUGUCACCCCAGCAGCACUGCGUCCACGGCUCUCUCCACUAAUGCCACGGUCAUGUUGGCUGCAGGCAUUCCUGUGCCCCAGUUCAUCUCGAGCAUACACCCAGAGCAGUCUGUCAUCAUGCCACCGCACAGCAUUACCCAGACUGUGUCCCUUGGUCACUUGUCCCAGGGUGAGGUAAGAAUGAACACACCCACGCUGCCCAGCAUCACCUACAGCAUCCGGCCAGAGACACUUCACUCUCCGCGGGCUCCCCUGCAGCCCCAGCAGAUAGAGGUCAGGGCCCCAAAGCGUGCAGGUACACCCCAGCCUGCCGCGGCUGGUGUGCCUGCCCUGGCCCCCCAGCACCCUCCUGAGGAUGAGGUGCAUUAUCACCUCCCUGUUGCCCGAGCCACGGCCCCUGUGCAGUCGGAGGUGCUGGUCAUGCAGUCUGAGUACCGGCUGCAUCCCUACACCGUGCCCCGGGAUGUGAGGAUCAUGGUGCACCCUCACGUGACGGCGGUCAGCGAGCAGCCCAGGGCAACAGACGGGGUGGCCAAGGUGCCGCCAGUCAGCAAGGCCCCUCAGCCACCAGGGAAAGAAGCUGCCAAAACAGCAGAUGCCAAAGCAGCAGCGGCCCCUCACGGCGAGGCCCGCAUCCUCACGGUCACCCCCAGCAACCAACUCCAGGGGCUGCCUCUGACCCCACCUGUGGUGGUGACCCACGGAGUGCAGAUCGUGCACUCCAGCGGGGAGCUGUUUCAGGAGUACAGAUAUGGCGACAUCCGCACCUACCAUGCCCCGGCUCAGCUCACACACACUCAGUUUCCUGCUGCUUCCUCAGUUGGCCUGCCUUCCCGGACCAAGGUUCCUGCCCAGGGCCCUCCACCCGAAGGUGAGCCUGUGCAGCCCGCCCAGUCCACACAGCCUGCCCAGCCCGCCCAGUCCACACAGCCCACCCAGCCCAGCCAGCCCAGCCAGCCACCAAGCAGCAAACUGCCUCAAGUCUCCCAGGAGGCGAAGGGGACUCAGACAGGAGUAGAGCCGACUCGCCUCACAGCUGUACCUGUGAACAGACCACCUGAGCCUCAUGGUCAGGUUCAGAGGGCACAGGUGGAAACAGGCCAGACUUCCUACCCCUCCCCGGUAUCUGUCUCCAUGAAGCCUGACCUCCCGGCCCCUCUUCCUGCUCAGGCUGCCGCAAAGCAGCCAUUGUUCGUCCCCACAACCUUGGGCCCCAGCACACCCCCAGGACUGGCUCUGCCACACACUGAAGCCCAGCCUACCCCGAAACAAGAUUCUUCUCCACACUUGACUUCCCAGAGACCAGUGGAUAUGGUUCAGCUUCUGAAGAAGUACCCCAUCGUGUGGCAGGGUCUGCUGGCCCUCAAGAAUGACACAGCUGCUGUGCAGCUCCACUUUGUCUCUGGCAACAACGUCCUGGCCCAUCGGUCCCUCCCCCUCUCUGAAGGGGGCCCCCCCCUGAGGAUCGCCCAGAGGAUGCGGCUAGAGGCCUCACAACUGGAAGGGGUUGCCCGAAGGAUGACGGUGGAGACAGAUUACUGCCUGCUGUUGGCCCUGCCUUGUGGCCGUGACCAGGAGGAUGUUGUGAGCCAGACUGAGUCCCUCAAGGCUGCCUUUAUCACCUACCUGCAGGCCAAGCAGGCGGCAGGAAUUAUCAAUGUCCCCAAUCCUGGCUCCAAUCAGCCCGCCUAUGUGCUGCAGAUCUUCCCACCCUGUGAGUUCUCUGAGAGCCACCUGUCUCGCCUGGCCCCUGACCUCCUGGCCAGCAUCUCCAACAUUUCCCCCCACCUCAUGAUCGUCAUUGCCUCCGUGUGAGCCACUACUGGCCACCACCUGGGUGUAUUUUCCCACGGCUCUGCAGCAAAAAAGUCAACACAGGACAACCCAGCCAAGUGGAGGUAGAAGCUGCUGAAGAGGACAGACUCCACUGCCAGACGGCCAGCCUCCCGCCUCCUGCCCGCCCGGCUCCCGCUGGACAGACCUUCUCUGGGCAGUGGUGCUGCUACCUUGUAUGUUUACAUGAUGCUGUUCACCCCAGGACUGACCGCCACCCGUGGACUCGCUCGCAGACAACUUGGGGCUGGGUUUCUCUCUCCUCUUUUUGGAGAAAAGGAACAGGGCAGUGGAAUUAUUUUUUUGUUUGUUUUGUUUUUAUUUGUAAGAAACAAGAAAACAGAACUGCCUUUGCACUAAAUUAGUGACUAGGACUUUUGCACAGUGAAGACAGGCUGUGACACUCUGGAUGUCUUGGUGUCUGUGAACACACAUCGUGGACUCUAAUGCAGGACUGGGAACUUCUGCUGAAACCUUGGGGUCGAGGAACAUUUCAUUGGUUUUUUGUCCCCGUCCCCUCCCUUCCCUUCCCUCUGCUCAUUUGGAUGUGUCACCUUUCUUAAUUCUCCUCCACCACUAUCUCUGAUUCACGUGGAUGUACAGUUUACAAUCAAAAGAGAGUGAAUAGAAGGAUAGUUAAUUUCCUUUCUUGGUGGGAUAUGCAGAACUUGGGAUGUGUGUAUAUAUAAAUAUAUAAUAUAUAAAAAUAUAUAUAAUACUGACUUAAAAAAUCAAAUUCCCCCGACAUACAUUUUUUUUAAUCUGUGCCAAAAAUGUGUUUUCAGAGAAAAUCUUAUUUUCAUACUCAGACUUUGUAUCGUCAAUCAUUUGUAUAAGUGCGCUUCGUUACAGCACGGGCCCUGCCCCGUGACGUGGGCGUGUCACACAGCACCUGUACAAAGACUGGCUAAGCCCCUCUUCCCGUUACCUGGACCUCUCCCCUGACUUCCUAACACUUAUUAAUUUAUGAAACUGUUUUUCUCAGCGCAGUUUUGUUUUGUGUCCAUUGGAUUACAAACUUUAUUAAAAAAUACAAAACACA